AUGAGGCUUUUAAUAUUAAUAGCCUCUUUGUGGGCUAUAGCUUAUGCUAAGCCUGAAAUGUACAGAGAAAGUGAAGAUUUUCAGUAUUCAAGAAGUUCUUCAGACGAAGGCAAAAAGUCAGGAUUCUAUGGAUCUCAAAGAGGGAAUAUGGGAGGUAAUUACGAACGGGCACACAAUAUGGAUGGAUUAGCUCAGCACCAAAUGAGUACGGCUGUUCGUCAAGUAGAAGGUGAACUCGGCGAUGGAGCAAAGGAAAAGUCAGGCAGUGUUUUCACAGCCGCCAACACAAGAGGAAUUUUUGGGUCCGGGCACUACGAUCUCAGCAAUCUACAAGGCAGAAAUUUCGACGAGAGUAGUAAUAGUGACUCACUGUCGCAUUCAUCUUUAACCUCUCAAAAUACUGGCUACAGAGGCUUGGCGCAUAACUCCGGUUAUAACAGCGGGUACACAAAGAGUUCUAGACAAAGUACGGAUUUUGCAUCAGCCGAUUAUUCUGCAGAUCAUUCUACUGAUUUUACUCAAAGUAAAUUCGUAGAUGGUGUCCAACAAGCUAUCAAUCAACACAGCUACGGUAACCAAGAGGCUUUAGGCAGUGAUUACAAAUAUUAUUCUCACGGUGGAAAUCGGGCACAGAAUCAAUUGGUUGGUGCAAAUCUUCAUAGCACUUACGAUUCAUACGGCAGGCGAAUCACAGAUACCCCGGUAAGAGUUAUUAUGAGGCCAGGUACAAUUGUAACAGUACCAGUUUCUGCUCAAACAUACGACGCUUCAUCUUCGUCAUUAAGAGGUGCAUCUUAUGGUCAAAACUCUUUAAAUACAGAAGCUGAAGAACUAAGCAAUAGUGAUAGUGUUUACGUAAAACCAAACACAGUUUAUUAUACAAAGCCAAAACAUUAUGAAUCAUCCUACAAUUACCGAAAAGAAUGGGAGAAACACAGUGCGCAUCCGGAAGCAUAUAUUCCUACAGAAAACCCAUUCACAAAAAAUAGUGAACUUUAUGACGAUUCUCUUUUAUUACAAAACGCUAAGAGACAAUACAAUGCGGUAGAUUCGAGCAGUGCUCAUGUUGGUAGCGAUGUUGUCCGGUCUAGAAACUCUAAUAUUGGUCACUUGAAAAGCGUGAGUGCUGCUCAACAAUCUAAUAUAUAUAAUACAAAAUCGUCAUCGGGACAUCAAUCUCAAUAUAAUUAUGAAACAGCAAAUAACCAAAACGCUGCAGCAUCAGCACAUUCAAAUUCCUACACACUGGGAACUCAAAAUACCGGAGCUGCUGUUGAUGCUAACGACUUAGUGGAAAACAUUGACUCAAAACCGAAAAGUUAUCACUCUUCUUACGCCUAUCAUAAGUCAUGGGAGCGACGCGGCGAUCCUUACGUAAUAAAACCCAUAGGUGGAGAUAACAGUGCACAAAUAUCACAAAAACUUGUAUCUGGGUCUGCUAACCAAGGCACGCAUUCAUCUCAUCAAUACGGAUCUCUCUACAAUCAGGCGCAUCAGAGUUUAACGAAAAGUGGUGUAGAUUGCGACGAAAACGGUCACAUCCGAGUUGCCCGGUCAUCCCAGGACCAUCCUCGGCAACAAGAUCAACAGCAAUUUGAGGAUCUAGGACAAGAAAUCCAAAAUCACUGGGGCGGACUAGAGGACCUGGGGCAGCAAACACAAAACAAAUGGGAUAACCUUCAAGGACAGUUUAGUCAACAAAGUCAGAAUUUAGAAGAUUUUGGUCAACAAAACUUAGACAAUUUAAAUCAACAACAUCAAAAUCUUGAAGAUCUUGGACAGCAAAAUCUAGAAAAUUUAAAUCAACAAAAUCAAAAUCUUGAAGAUUUUGGACAGCAACAUCUAGAAAAUUUUAAUCAACAACAUCAAAAUCUGGAAGAUCUUGGUCAACAUAAUUUAGAAGAUUUUGGACAGCAAAGCAAUAAUCUUGGUCAGCAAUUACAUAAUCAAUGGGACCAAUUUAAUGAACAAUCAUCAAGCAUCAUAAGUGAAGAAACGCCAGAGUUAGAAUCCUUUCGAGAACCAAAGGUGAAUAAACAAAACAUAGGUCCUUUAUCAGACUUUAACCAACAUCAAGAAAGUGACAAACAAAAAGCAAAUACCUUCUGGAAUCAACACCAAAACUUUGAUGCCCAUGAUGUUUCACAAAAUACCGAUCGAAUGGAAAGCUUUACAAAUGAAGACUUUCAAAUUAGAGACAGCCACCAAUUGCAAAAUCAAUUAGAAUUGCAAAAGAAAUUAUACGGAACCAUGUAUGAUAUUUUAAGCAAACAAAAAACAAAUGACAACUUUCAACCUUCAACCUCUUAUAGUAAUCCAAUUAAUUACCAUCAUAAUAUAAACUACAAUGAUGGUGAAAACCAAUAUACAGGAUUUUCACAUUAUAGUCAUGAGGCUAGUAACAAUGGUAUGAGUUCAUCAUGGCAGAAACAAUAUAAUAUUCAAGGAAGUCAUAAUAAUAAUAAGCCUACAGCACCAUUACAAAAUUUUUGGAGUAAGCUAGAUAAUUUAGAUACACAAGGAAUGAUAAAUACAAAUAAGGACACUAAAGAUGAAAAUUUAUACUCACAAAUGUCAGAUUUUGACUGGAGUAACUCAAAUUGGGGGCAGUUUCAUGCACACCAUGAUAACCAUAUGUUUGACGGCUCCUUCGCUCAUAAUGAUGAAAAAAAUUCUGUAACUUCUCAAAUUUUAAAAGCAACCACUGGUGUAAAUAGUGUAUCGUCAACAGAAAUUUCUGCAACAACAACUAUACCUAGAUAUAAUCCAAUAUCCAAUAUGCCUGUAAGCCCUAUUGAUGUUGGACGUGGAGACAUAGGGGCAGAUGAAACAACUGAACCAAAGAAUGAAAAUGAACACACAAAUGUUUAUAUUCCUAAUUCACCUCACAGACAUUAUAAAACUACAGAAGAAAUUGAAUCUUUGAGUUUAACAGAAGAAAACGAUAACAGUGCAAAAGUGUCACCUGUAAACUCACAAGAGACUACUGAAUACAUGUGGAACCAAUUAUUUAAGCACCAUAAUGUAGUAGAGCAUAAAGUUGAGGAUUUGUCUUCAACUCAAACCUCUACAACUACCAAAGAAAUUAAAUAUAAACCAACAGAAAAGUAUAGUAUUACUUACACAGAUAAAGAUGCUAUUCCCAGUAUAGAGAAAAUAAAUAAGCAAAAAGAUAUGACACCUGAAGUUGAAGAUACUGCCCAUAAAGUAGAACCAUUCCCAUUACAUAAUGAAGAGAAAAAUAGUGCUCAGCAUGGUUUAUUCCAUUCAUAUAACUUUGAAGAACAAAGUCAAGAACCAGCAAAAGAGAGCGAGAUUCAACAAAAUGUGAAUGAGCAAUUUGAAGAUUUCGGACAGCAAAUUCAAAACACUUAUGAUAUUGGACAAUCUAGCCAAUCCAUCUGGGAGCCAGCCAAUUCAGAACAUAGUGAAGUACAACAACUAGAAAAUUUUGGAAGUUUUGAAAACAAUGACAACCAACAAUUUGAACCAUUAGAAAGAAGCAAUGAUAAACUUCAAAGUCAGAGUUUGUUGAACUUUGAACAACACAAUUCUUGGGAACCAGUAAUUAAUAAUCAACCUAAUAACCAGCAGCAACAACCUAUGUCUUCAACUAUUAAAACAUUUAGCCAAGAAUUUAAUGAAAAAGAAGGAGGUCCCCCAUCUGUCCCAAAAGUAAUUGCUCCAGAAGAAACAGCAACAGAAAAAGCAGGCUUUUGGAAAUCUUUUGGGAACAAAUUUACAGGUGCAAAAGAUACAGUAGUAUCAUGGUUUAAACGUAGUUAA